GCAGACAUCCAAGGCUGCAUUUUCUUCAGAAAUCAGGUGUAGCUGCAGACCCCGCCCACACUGCCUGCAAAGAUGGUGGUGUUGUCACUAAAAAUCUGUGUCCGGCAGUGCAAUGUCGUGAAGACGAUGCAGUUUGAACCCUCCACGGCCGUCUAUGAUGCCUGCAGGAUAAUCAGAGAGAGGGUCCCCGAGGCUCAGUCCGGACAGGCUUCAGACUACGGUCUGUUUCUGUCAGAUGAAGACCCCAGAAAAGGGAUCUGGCUGGAGUCUGGAAGGACGCUUGACUACUACAUGCUUCGCAAUGGGGACAUCCUUGAAUACAAGAAGAAGCAGAGGCCUCAGAAGAUCAAAAUGUUGGAUGGUGCGGUUAAAACCAUCAUGGUGGACGACUCAAAAACAGUGGGCGAGCUGCUUGUGACUAUAUGCAGCAGAAUAGGCAUCACAAACUACGAGGAGUACUCUCUGAUCCAGGAGUUGGUGGAGGAAAAGAAGGAUGAUGGAAUGGGAACACUGAAGAAAGACAGGACGCUGCUGCGAGACGAGAGAAAGAUGGAGAAGCUGAAAGCUAAACUACACACGGAUGACGAUCUGAACUGGCUGGACCACAGCAGAACGUUCAGAGAGCAGGGGGUGGACGAGAACGAGACCCUGCUACUCAGACGCAAGUUCUUCUACUCCGAUCAGAACGUGGACUCCAGAGACCCGGUCCAACUCAACCUGCUUUAUGUCCAGGCUCGGGAUGACAUCCUAAACGGCUCGCACCCGGUAUCGUUUGACAAGGCCUGUGAGUUCGCAGGCAUUCAGGCUCAGAUCCAGUUUGGACCUCACGUCGAGCAUAAACACAAACCUGGAUUCUUAGAUUUGAAGGAGUUUCUACCAAAGGAAUACAUCAAGCAGAGAGGCUCUGAGAAGAAAGUAUUCCAGGACCACAAUAACUGUGGGGAAAUGACCGAGAUCGAAGCAAAGGUGAAAUACGUCAAACUGGCGCGCUCUCUGAGGACCUAUGGUGUCUCCUUCUUCUUGGUCAAGGAAAAGAUGAAAAGUAAGAACAAGCUGGUGCCGCGGCUCCUGGGGAUCACCAAAGAGUCUGUGAUGAGAGUGGAGGAGAGGACCAAAGAUGUGGUUCAGGAGUGGCCUCUUACCACUGUGAAGAGGUGGGCGGCGUCACCCAAGAGCUUCACGCUGGACUUUGGGGAGUACCAGGAGAGCUACUACUCGGUGCAGACCACUGAAGGGGAACAGAUCUCUCAGCUCAUUGCAGGAUACAUCGACAUCAUCCUGAAAAAGAAGCAAAGUAAGGACCGCUUUGGACUAGAGGGAGAUGAGGAGUCUACCAUGCUCGAAGAAUCUGUAUCACCGAAAAAGUCUACCAUCCUGCAGCAGCAGUUUAAUCGUGUUGGUCGGGUGGAGCACGGCUCAGUGGCACUGCCGGGAGUGAUCCGCUCAGGCUCCAUCGGCACAGAGUCGCUCAGCAUGGGCACCAUGCCAUCUGCUCAACAGCAGAUCACAAUGGGUCAGAUGCACCGUGGUCACAUGCCACCGCUGAGCUCAGCACAACAGGCUCUGAUGGGAACCAUCAACACCAGUAUGCAAGCUGUGCAGAAGGCCCAGAUUGACCUUGGGGAGGUGGACAACCUGCCACCACUUGGACAGGACAUGGCGUCCAAGGUUUGGAUCCAGAACAAGAUGGAUGAGUCAAAACACGAGAUCCACUCCCAGGUGGACGCCAUCACUGCGGGAACAGCUUCUGUUGUUAACCUCACAGCUGGAGAUCCAACGGACACCGACUACACCGCAGUAGGCUGCGCCAUCACCACCAUCUCCUCCAACCUGACAGAAAUGUCAAAGGGUGUGAAGCUGUUGGCUGCGCUGAUGGAGGAUGAUGUUGGUGGAGGAAAUGACCUGAUGAGGGCUGCCAGGACGCUGGCGGGGGCCGUGUCCGACCUGUUGAAGGCUGUGGAGCCCGCUUCUGGAGAGCCCAGACAGACUGUGCUGACAGCAGCAGGCAGCAUCGGGCAGGCCAGUGGAGAUCUUCUGCGCCAGAUUGGAGAGAGCGAGACAGACGAAAGAUUCCAGGACAUCCUGAUGAAUCUGGCCAAAGCAGUGGCCAACGCUGCAGCCAUGUUGGUGCUGAAGGCCAAGAAUGUGGCCCAAGUGGCGGAGGACACCGUGCUUCAGAACCGGGUCAUCGCUGCUGCCACACAGUGUGCCCUGUCCACCUCCCAGCUGGUAGCCUGUGCCAAGGUGGUGAGUCCCACCAUCAGUUCGCCUGUUUGUCAGGAGCAGUUGAUCGAAGCUGGAAAGUUGGUGGAUCGCUCGGUGGAAAGUUGCGUGCAGGCCUGCCUCUCGGCUACAGAGGACGGCGAGCUCCUCAAACAGGUGAGCGCAGCAGCUAGUGUGGUGAGUCAGGCUCUGGGAGAUCUCCUGCAGCAUGUUCGUCAGUACACCUCCAGAGGAGAGCCAAUCGGGCGCUAUGACCAGGCCACAGACACCAUCAUGACUGUCACUGAGAGCAUCUUCAGCUCCAUGGGAGACGCAGGAGAGAUGGUCCGUCAGGCCCGGGUGCUGGCUCAGGCAACCUCCGACCUGGUGAACGCCAUGAGGUCGGACGCUGAGGCCGAGAUCGACGUUGACAAUUCCAAGAAGUUACUGGCUGCUGCUAAAUUGUUGGCUGAUGCAACAGCAAGGAUGGUGGAGGCAGCAAAGGGCGCGGCAGCAUACCCAGAGAAUGAGGACCAGCAGCAGAGACUGAGGGAGGCUGCGGAGGGUCUGCGUGUGGCCACCAACGCUGCUGCUCAGAACGCCAUCAAGAAGAAACUGAUCAACAGACUGGAGAAUGCUGCCAAGCAAGCUGCUGCUGCUGCCACGCAGACCAUUGCUGCUGCUCAAAAUGCUGCCGCCUCCAACAAGAACACUGCUGCUCACCAGCAGCUGGUACAGAGCUGCAAGGCAGUGGCAGAUCACAUCCCACAACUGGUGCAGGGAGUGCGUGGAAGUCAGGCCAAACCGGAGGACCUCAGCGCACAACUAGCACUGAUCAUUGCCAGCCAGAACUUCCUACAGCCUGGCAGUAAGAUGGUGACCUCAGCCAAAUCUUCUGUUCCCACGGUGACGGAUCAGGCUGCAGCCAUGCAACUGGGUCAGUGUGCCAAGAACCUGGCCACCUGCCUGGCUGAGCUGAGGACGUCUGCACAGAAGGCUCAUGAAGCCUGCGGCCCCAUGGAGAUCGACUCUGCGCUCACUGCCAUCCAGACUCUGAGAAGCGAGCUGCAAGAUGCCAAACUUGCUGCUGUUAAUGCCCAACUGAAACCACUACCUGGAGAAUCAUUGGAGAAGUGUGCUCAGGAUCUGGGCAGCACCUCAAAGUCAGUGGGAUCUUCCAUGGCUCAGCUGCUCACGUGUGCCGCACAAGGAAACGAACAUUACACUGGUAUAGCAGCCAGGGAGACAGCUCAGGCUCUUAAAACACUGGCCCAGGCAGCCCGCGGUGUCGCUGCCUCCACCACAGACCCCAAAGCCGCCGCUGCCAUGCUGGACUCGGCUCGUGACGUUAUGGAGGGCUCAGCGCUUCUCAUUCAUGAAGCCAAGCAGGCGCUGGUUUGCCCAGGAGACGCUGAGAGCCAGCAGAGGCUUGCACAGGUGGCCAAGGCGGUGUCUCACUCCCUGAAUAACUGCGUCAACUGUCUGCCCGGACAGAAGGAUGUGGACAUGGCUCUAAAGAGCAUCGGGGAGGCCAGCAAGAAGCUGCUGAUUGAAACUAUCCCUCCAGCCUCCAAGUCCUUCCAGGAGGCUCAGAGUGAGCUGAACCAAACUGCAGCAGGUUUGAAUCAGUCAGCAGGUGAGGUGGUCCAUGCCUCCAGAGGCUCCAGCAGCCAGCUGGCUGUGGCCUCUGGAAAUUUCAGCCAAGACUUUGAUGAGUUCCUGGAUGCUGGUAUCGAGAUGGCUGGCCACACUCAGAAAAAGGAUGAUCAGGUGCAGGUGAUUGGUAACCUGAAGAACAUCUCCAUGGCCUCCAGUAAAUUGCUGCUGGCUGCUAAGAGUCUGUCCGUGGACCCGGCAGCAGCAAAUGCCAAGAACCUGCUAGCUGCUGCUGCAAGAGCAGUGACUGACAGCAUUAAUCAGCUGAUCACGCUGUGUACACAGCAGGCUCCAGGCCAGAAAGAGUGUGACAACGCCCUGAGAGAGCUGGAGGCUGUCAGAGGAAUGCUGGACAAUCCUAACGAGCCGGUCAGUGACCUCUCCUACUUUGACUGCAUUGAGAGUGUGAUGGAGAACUCAAAGGUCCUGGGAGAGUCCAUGGCAGGUAUUUCUCAGAACUGUAAGACUGGGGAUGUGCCGGCAUUUGGAGACUGUGUGGGAUCAGCCUCGAAAGCCCUGUGUGGCCUCACAGAAGCUGCAGGACAGGCCUCCUACCUGGUAGGUGUGUCUGAUCCCAAUAGUCAGGCCGGUCACCAGGGGUUAGUGGAUCCUAUUCAGUUUGCCAAAGCCAACCAAGCGAUCCAGAUGGCCUGUCAGAAUCUGGUCGACCCAGACAGUAGUCCCUCCCAGGUUCUCUCUUCAGCCACUAUAGUUGCUAAGCACACAUCAGCACUGUGCAACGCCUGCCGCCUGGCUUCCUCCAAGACAACCAACCCUGUCGCCAAGCGACACUUCGUCCAGUCUGCCAAGGAGGUGGCCAACAGCACGGCCAACUUGGUCAAAACCAUCAAGGCUUUAGAUGGUGAUUUCUCAGAGGAGAACAGAAGCAAGUGCAGCGUCGCCACCGCUCCACUUAUCGAGGCUGUGGAAAACCUGACAACAUUUGCUUCCAACCCAGAGUUUGCAAGCAUCCCAGCUCAAAUCAGCCAUGAGGGCUCUGCGGCACAGGAGCCCAUUCUCCAAUCGGCGCGGGCCAUGCUCGACAGCUCCACCUACUUGCUCAAGAGUGCACGUUCAUUGGUUAUCAACCCUAAAGAUCCGCCUACCUGGUCUGUGCUGGCUGGUCACUCUCGCACUGUGUCCGACUCCAUCAAGAGUCUCAUCACUGCCAUCAGGGACAAGGCUCCAGGCCAGCGCGAGUGCGACUCGUCAAUUGAUAACAUAAACAAAUGUAUCCGGGACAUUGAGCAGGCCUCUUUGGCAGCAGUCAGCCAGAACUUACCCAGCAGGGAUGACAUCUCACUGGAGGCGCUCCAGGAGCAGCUGACGUCCACUGUUCAGGAAAUUGGCCACUUAAUUGACCCUGUUUCCACUGCAGCCAGAGGCGAGGCCUCCCAACUAGGACACAAGGUGACCCAGCUCGCUGGUUACUUUGAGCCACUGAUCAUGGCCUCUGUUGGUGUGGCGUCUAAGCUGAGGGACCACCAGCAGCAGAUGACUUUCCUGGACCAAACUAAGACCAUGGCUGAGUCCGCCUUGCAGAUGCUCUACGCUGCCAAAGAGGGUGGAGGAAACCCAAAGGCGUCCCAUACCCAUGAUGCAAUAUCAGAGGCUUCCCAGCUCAUGAAGGAGGCGGUUGAUGAUAUAAUGGUGACACUUAAUGAGGCUGCGAGUGAAGUGGGAAUGGUUGGAGGAAUGGUGGACUCAAUCGCAGAGGCCAUGGCCAAGCUGGAUGAAGGUACACCACCUGAACCUGAGGGCUCAUUUGUGGAUUAUCAGACCAGUAUGGUGAAAUACUCCAAGGCAAUCGCUGUCACGGCUCAGGAAAUGAUGACCAAAUCGGUGACAUGUCCAGAUGAUCUGGGAGCCCUCGCCUCUCAGGUGACUGUGGACUACAGCCAGCUGGCCGUUCAGGGACGCCUGGCCGCUCACACAGCUGAGCCAGAAGAGAUUGGCUUCCAGAUCAAGAAUCGGGUGCAGGAUCUCGGACAUGGCUGCAUCUUCCUGGUGCAGAAGGCGGGAGCGCUGCAGAUCAUUCCCUCUGACAGCUUCACCAAACGAGAGCUCAUCGAAUGUGCGCGUACAGUCACAGAGAAGGUGUCCUUGGUGCUCUCAGCCCUCCAGGCAGGAAACAAGGGCACUCAGGCGUGCAUCACAGCAGCCAGCGCCGUGUCUGGAAUCAUCGCUGAUCUGGACACAACCAUCAUGUUUGCCUCUGCCGGCACUCUCAACGCAGAGAACGAUGAGUCCUUUGCUGACCACAGAGAAAACAUUUUGAAGACAGCCAAAGCUCUGGUGGAGGACACCAAGAUGCUGGUGUCCGGAGCGGCUUCCGGUCAGGACAAGCUGUCGCAGGCUGCCCAGUCUUCUGCCAAAACCAUCACCCAGCUCACAGAUGUGGUCAAACUGGGAGCUGCGAGUAUUGGCUCAGACGACCCUGAGACGCAGGUGGUUCUGAUAAAUGCUGUCAAAGAUGUGGCCAAGGCGCUGGCUGAGCUCAUUAGUGCGACCAAGUGUGCUGCUGGCAAGGCAGCAGAUGAUCCAUCCAUGUACCAGCUGAAGAGCGCUGCCAAGGUGAUGGUGACUAACGUGACGUCCUUGCUGAAGACUGUGAAGGCUGUGGAGGAUGAAGCCACUCGGGGCACCAGAGCGCUGGAGGCAACAAUCGAGUGCAUCAAACAAGAAAUGGCGCUAUUCCAAUCCAGAGAUGCUCCUAACAAGACAACCACACCUGAGGAGUUCAUCCGCAUGACUAAGGGCAUCACCAUGGCAACCGCUAAAGCAGUGGCUGCAGGGAACUCUGCCCGGCAGGAGGACAUCAUCCACACAGCCAACCUCAGCCGCAAGGCCAUUUCAGACAUGCUCACCACCUGCAAGCAAGCAGCUUACCAUCCAGAGGUGAGUGAAGAGGUGAAGAACAGAGCGCUGAUGUUCGGAUCAGAGUGUACGACUGGAUACAUUGACCUCCUGGAACAAGUUCUGCUGGUCCUGCAGAAGCCCACUGCAGAGCAGAAGCAGCAGCUGGCGGCAUGCUCCAAACGAGUGGCUGGAGCCGUCACAGAGCUCAUCCAGACCGCUGAGGCCAUGAAAGGUUCAGAGUGGGUUGACCCAGAGGAUCCGACAGUGAUUGCAGAAACAGAGCUCCUGGGAGCAGCGGCGUCCAUCGAAGCAGCAGCUAAGAAGCUAGAGCAGCUCAAACCCCGAGCUAAGCCCAAGCAGGCAGACGAGACUUUGAAUUUCGAGGAGCAGAUCUUGGAGGCAGCCAAGUCCAUCGCUGCAGCCACCAGUGCGUUGGUCAAAUCUGCAUCUGCUGCCCAAAGAGAGCUGGUGGCUCAGGGCAAAGUGGGCCUCAUCCCUGCCAACGCAGUGGACGACGGACAGUGGUCCCAGGGACUCAUUUCUGCUGCGCGUAUGGUUGCAGCAGCAACCAGCAACCUGUGUGAGGCAGCCAAUGCCUCAGUGCAAGGCCAUGCAAGUGAGGAGAAGCUCAUCUCUUCAGCCAAACAGGUGGCAGCCUCCACUGCCCAGCUGCUGGUGGCCUGUAAGGUGAAGGCUGACCAGGACUCUGAAGCCAUGAGGAGACUACAGAUUGCGGGAAAUGCAGUUAAGAAGGCUUCGGACAACUUGGUGCGGGCAGCUCAGAAGGCGGCGUUUGACAAAGCAGACGAUGACAACGUGGUGGUCAAGACAAAGUUUGUGGGUGGAAUAGCACAGAUCAUAGCAGCUCAGGAGGAGAUGUUGAGGAAGGAGCGAGAGCUGGAAGAAGCGAGGAAGAAACUGGCUCAGAUCAGGCAGCAGCAGUACAAGUUCCUGCCCAGCGAGCUACGAGAGGACGGCAACUAAUUAUUCAAAAUCUCCAUCGCUGCUGAUGCAUACAUUUAAAGCAGCAGGAGGAGCACACCUGUGUCUGUCUUGUGUGUGUUUUUUUGCGUCCUUUUUUAAAGGCACUCUUGAAUGAACAGGUACGUGUCCUACAGAGACUUCAGAUAUGUUCAACACACCAGUUAUGCCCAAGUCUGCAGUGACCAGAGUCAACGUCACAUGGAGAGAUCUUAAAGUCAACUAUAGCAUGUCUGAAAUACUACUGUGUGGAACUGGCUACUUCCUGAAAACAGAGUAACAGAGAUCGACUGAAGAACUGUUUGUUUGUUUUUUGUCCUCAAUGUUUAGCACAACUACUUUGACUGAAAUCAUCUGAACCAGAAUGUGACAUGCUUUAGGACAAACAGUUCAGCUCAUACGCUCUCAUGUUUGCCCGUAAGCUACAGCUUCUCUUUCGUUUUGUUUGACAGAUUGCAGCUCUAGCUCAUAUAAGAUGAAGAAUUGAUUGUAUCACUGUUUAUUUGAUAAAGCCAUUUAACUGCAGCCUCACUCACAGAGCAAAUGAUUUCUGCUCUGAUGUUGUAUGAAUGUUGGCCUUCACUCUCUCUUCUGGCACAUCUAAUAUCUGUGAUAUCAAGUGAUGGUCAUUAACACUAAUAUGAAGGACUUAAUAUAUUGGUGUUUCAAUAUUGUACAUUUCCAUAAUGAAACACUGUUUUUUGGCAAUCAUCCUUUAAAGUAGACAGCUGUACAAGCCUCUGUACUUAUCAUGUUGUUUUUUAUUGCAGAAAAGGAUAGUCUCUACACAAUGUCUUUUUUAACAUGCAGCAAAUUCAACAUGCUUGUCUUUGCCUUUAAAUAUAGGUAUUAAUGUAGAAGGAAUAUUUAUUACUCCUGGUUAUUUUUUAGCAGAGAGGAAUCUCUCUGGAGCAGAAAUAGUCUUUAACAUCACGAGCCGAGCCAGACGUUGUCCCCAAUACUUUCAACCUUUUUUCUAUCUUUUAGUAUUUCAGGUGUUGGGAACUUCAUACAGUGAAAGUAGAAUUUGAUCAUGAUGCAAUAACAUGGAUGGUGCUUUAGGGGGCAGUAUUGGUUUCCCUUACAGCAUGCAAACUUAAAGGGAUAAUAUAACAGAUGAGAUUGUGGAGACUAUAUUGGCUUUUACAUCAUGCAAACUGAGAAUACAUGUAAAUACCUCAAGCAUUAGUGCCGCUGCUGUGCUUUGUCCAAUGGUGUCGGCUGCCUGUAGAUUCACUUUGGCCCUUCCCUCUAUGAUUUUUGUACCUGCUGUUGGAGAGCGAAUACAGUCUUUUUUCCAGCAAUACUCAGUCACUGCCAGGGAACCAAUUUAACCACCCUCCUACUUUGUAAGUUGAGGAGGGAGCGAAACAAGAAAUCUGAAACCUAUUUGGAGGCAAUAACUGAAUUGUAAGGAAUAGAAAUUGUUAGAAUUGAUGUUAAAAUCAGUGAAGUGACUGCAACACUAAUCACUGCAGUUCAUCUCCUUCAGUCUCUGAAUUUAAGGGUGCUCUGUAAGACUUUACUGGAUAUACCGUUUUCUACAAUAUAGGAGCCUUUUUUGUUAACCAAGUUUGAUUGUAGUGUGUUUGGUUCCUUUCGUCUUACUCUGUGGGCUGUGUUUCAAUAUUAAACUACAUUAUAUUGUAAGGUUAGGUCCUGCUGUGAACAUGCAUGGCUUUGUGAUUCAGAUGCAUCUCGUUUAUACGGCAACAGAGCUCAAGUUUAAGGAAUGCACUGAGUGAUCCUGACCUCCACAUACAGACAGUAUAUAGACAACAAGUGAAGCCACACAAUCACUUUUCUUUUUUAACAGUUAGGUCUGAAAUCAGAGGUGGUUUUUUUUGGCAUUGUAUUUGUACUGAUUUAUUGGAGAGAGGGGUAAGGGUCGACGCGGGCAGAGGGGUGGGGGUCCACUGCUCAUCAUUCAAGUUUGUAGUGUCAUUAUUAGUGCCUUAGUCCGUAGCCCAUACAGUGUCUGGUCUGCUUGAGUGACAGUUUCACCUCAUCGGUUAGGAAGGUACUGGAACAAACUGUUUUGGGGGGAAUGUAGGAUCAUGUUUGUGUUUCUUUCUUUUUUUUAAUUUGAUUUGUUGUCCCACUUGUUCACAUGAAGUUCCUCUAAGUGCUGAAACAACAACUCUUACUCUCUCUAAAAGGCCUUUUAAGGACUACAGAAGAACUGUCCACCAGUCAAAAAAUGUGUUGCCGUGUACCAUCAGUACAUAAACAUAUACUGCACAUUUUGUACUGCAUUCCAUGGCCAUGUACCACAGUGCUUCUAAACUACGACGGACGGACGAUUGAACUCUGUCAAGUGCUUUACUGUACGUUUAUGAAGUCACUUUAAUUUUAUGGACAGGCUUUCUUUCCUGUGCUUUGAAGCCUCUGAAAGAUUUAGAUGUGAUCAAACAUUUCAAUAUAUCUGUCACCAUUAAGAUGUUGUGGCGCAUUUCAAUGAUGUGGAGUAUUUGAAGUGUUCAGUACGUUCUCCCUCCCUUAACAGAAAUAAAGUGAAGAUAAGUGAUAAGAUAGUGUAAAAGAUAUUUAUCUGGCCUCAAUAAAACUAUUUUUUGUAUUCAUGAUAAAUAAAGCAUUUCAAUGUAA